UUAGACGUGUAAAUAUUAGAAAAGAAAGAAAUUGGAGUUUCUGUCAAUAAAGAACUACAACUUUUCUCAAGCUGUCAAUGUAGCACAUGCCAGAUUUAUCGACAAUUGAAAAUAAACUCAAGUCUCGAUGAUCUGUAAGAAUGGAAGCGAGAAAGAAAGAUGAAAAAAAUAAAAAAAAAUGAUUUUUUAAAAUUUCCAAAUGGAUAUUUUUAGAAGAAAUUCCCAAAGAAAAUAACCGAAACUGAUAAAUUACUUCUGAUCCAUUUAAUGAUGAGACGGAAAAAAUGAUCAUGUGAGUUUUUUAUUUUUAAUAAAACAAAGAUUUUCUGAAAGAUGAAGAUGUUUAAGAUGACAAACUGCGCUGUAUAUCUUUUAAGAUUGCUUAUCUUAAUUCUCGUGACGUCACAAGCCUACAAUUCUCAAUCUUCGAAUCAAGUUUCGACAUUUACGGACUGUGGUGGAACUCUGAGAGAUUCUCGAGGUGUGAUAACUUCUCCAAACUUUCCUAAUGCAUAUCCAGUACCUAUUUAUUGUAAGUGGGUGAUAGAAGCGCCCGAGGAUAAGGUAGUAGCAGUUUAUUUCACACAGUACUAUAUGAGAGAUGGGUUGAGAGCUGCGGAAUAUACACUCUAUACUGAAGGUCUAAAGAUGGAGAAAGAGGACUAUGGUAUUCUAAACUCCGAUAAAGAACCUACUUAUCUUAUCACUAACAAACACAUUCUUGUAUUGGAGUUUUCUGUAAGAGAAACUGGAAAUAUUCAUCUUCGAAUUCGGCAAUUCUUCUUGGAUGUGUUCGGUUUUAAUAUAACCUAUGAGAUUGUUGAUAAAAAUCAGAACGUUAGGAAGGAUGAAUGUCUUUACCAUCAUUGUUCCUUUACUGGAAAGUGUUUUGCUACUGCUGACUUUGAAUCUUAUUAUUGUUCUUGUUUCUCCGACUUCUUUGGCAAGGAAUGUCAAUAUAAUGAAAGUUGUGGACCUACAGCAGCUAAUACUCUGUGCAUGAAUGGAGGUACCUGCAGAUUUUAUAUCGGUUCCACCGCUCAGGUUUGUGAAUGCUUACCCGGUUACAAAGGUGCGACGUGUGAAAUUAAAACAGAAAUGGAUCUUGGUAAGCGUAAAAAAAUUACUACUCGAAAUUAAUUAUGAUGAUGUUUA